CUAGCUAGCUACUGUAAACAAAGCUGAGCCGCUUGGAUGUUAAAACAACUCAAAACCUGCUGAACGUGGAGAGACGACACGGCUAUAAAUGCUUCUACCCAACACUAACUCUAUUUCCCAACAGCGCUCUCCAGACUCCGCCUGUCCGACAGCAGCCGUUGAGUCCACCGGCCCCGGAGCUGCCAUGACCCGGCCUGCCGUCUGACUGUAAGAUAAUGGCUGCAGAGCUGUAUCCCACCAAGAAGCUGGUCCCCUCCGCCUCAGCGAGCAGCACAGCCUCCUCCAUCCAGGAGCAGUACCAACAGCAGAACCUCGCCAACAACAACAACACUAACACCGCAGCCGCGCAGGGCUGCUGCAACUGGCAGGGCCUGUACCCCACCCUCCGGGAGAGGAAUUCAGUCAUGUUCAACAAUGAGAUGAUGGCAGAUGUUCACUUCGUGGUCGGGCCGCCUGGCGGGACGCAGCGAGUACCGGGACACAAGUACGUCCUGGCUGUCGGCAGCUCCGUGUUCCACGCCAUGUUUUACGGAGAACUGGCCGAGGACCAGGAAGAGAUCCGGAUCCCUGACGUGGAGCCUCCUUCGUUCCUGGCCAUGUUGAAGUACAUCUACUGUGACGAGAUCGACCUGUGCGCCGACACCGUGCUCGCCACCCUCUACGCCGCUAAGAAGUACAUCGUGCCUCACCUGGCCCGGGCCUGCGUCAACUUCCUGGAGACGAGCCUGAGCGCCAAGAACGCCUGCGUUCUGCUGUCGCAGAGCUGCCUGUUUGAGGAGCCUGACCUGACGCAGCGCUGCUGGGAGGUGAUCGACGCCCAGGCCGAGCUCGCCCUGCGCUCCGAGGGCUUCUGCGACAUCGACGCGCAGACGCUGGAGAGCAUCCUACGCCGCGAGACGCUCAACGCCAAAGAGAUGGUGGUGUUCGAGGCCGCGCUGAGCUGGGCGGAGGCCGAAUGCCAGCGGCAAGACCUGGCGCCUACGAUCGAGAACAAGCGCCUGGCGCUCGGCAAGGCCAUCUACCUGAUCCGCAUCCCCACCAUGCUGCUAGAGGACUUCGCCAACGGGGCGGCGCAGUCUGGUGUCCUCACGCUCAACGAGACCAACGACAUCUUCCUGUGGUACACUGCUGCCAACAAGCCCGAACUCCUGUUCUGCACCAAACCUCGCAAAGGCCUGGCGCCACAGCGCUGCCACCGUUUCCAGUCGUGCGCCUACCGGAGCAACCAGUGGCGCUACCGCGGCCGCUGCGACAGCAUCCAGUUCGCCGUGGACAAGCGCGUCUUCAUCGCCGGCUUCGGCCUGUACGGCUCCAGCUGCGGUUCCGCCGAGUACAGCGCCAAGAUCGAGCUGAAGCGCCAGGGCGUGUCAAUGGCGCAACGCAUCAUCAAGUACUUCUCGGAUGGCUCCAGCAGCACGUUCCCCGUGUCCUUCGACUACCCGGUGCAGAUCGAGCCCGACACCUUCUACACCGCCAGCGUGGUGCUGGACGGCAACGAGCUCAGCUACUUCGGCCAGGAGGGAAUGACGGAGGUGCAGUGCGGGAAAGUGACCUUCCAGUUCCAGUGCUCGUCGGACAGCACCAACGGCACCGGCGUGCAGGGAGGCCAGAUCCCCGAACUCAUCUUCUACGCCUGAGAGACGCACGCCGCGAGAGAUUCCUGCUGUUUAUCUGUGUUUUUAAGCCCCCCAACGGCGCCGUCCAGGCAGCGCUGCCUGGAAGACGCUAGGAUUAGGCAC